AUGACUCUGAAUAAAUCCAAGUUUACGAGUCUUACGUUCGUAAAGAAGCCGCGGGCACUUCAUUCGCAGGUGCCUCGUGAGGACACGCUGUUGGGCUCCGCCACAAGCAGCUCCAGUCUUUCGCAGCCUCCUCGUAAGAGAUCCAAACGCGACGUUUAUAUUGCCACAGAAAAAACAGCCCCUUCCAAGCAGUCAGAGCCCGCCUCUGACGACGACCUGCUUAAAAAGUUCGACAUUUCGCAAAUUAAACAAGACACCGACAAGCUUCUUAAUCAACUGGAUAGUAUCAAGAAACCAGAGAAGGACCAGUCGAAAUACAUUGAUAAAUUGUUCUCCCAAGCGGACACCGUCGACAAGGAUGAGAAGGUCGUUGCUCUGGCAGAGACCCAGGGAGUCAUGAACCAUUUGUACGACGAUAAGGAGGCAACAGAGCGCACAGAGCGCAAAUAUAAAGAGUUUUCUCCUAAAGUGUACUCAAAGCACGAAAUCGAGCUCCAAACCGAUAAAUAUAUACAGAUUGCCAGAGAUAUACUGAGGGGGAAAACAGCAUCGUAUUUCUACGAGAUUGCUCGCGAGUAUGCAGACUCGUCUCCCCGUUUGAAGGUCACCGACUCCGAAGUCAUUAAUCUCCCCAAACAGCGCUACCACGGGUACAUUGGGGCCGCCCGUGCCAACACAAUCACAGAACACUUGCUGGACAAGUUGAAAGAGCUUUUGAGCGACAGGAAAGCUAACAAGGUGCUCCAUUUCUGGGGAGAUCGCUAUUUUACACGGUUUGUGCUCACACCAGAAAUAAUUGCCCGAAUCAUCGAACAGGACGACCAGAUCGACUUGGACCUGGCAUAUGAUAAAAUGGAAUCAACCGCAGACUACGGCCUGUACGUCAUGGACCAGAAAGACCAAUAA